AUGAACCCAGACGCUGCUACCGCUCUCUCCUCCGCGCGUGGCGACCAAGCGAUGUUGUUCAGAGAUGUUUCACACGGCCCACGCGAAGCUGACUUGAUGUUUCGUUUGAUUCACUUCUGGGAAGCUCGCAAUCUAAACACGAAAACCUUGAUUGGACAAGAGAUGCUCCUUAUCGACCAAGAGGGUACCGUUAUUCAGGGUUUUGUCCCAGCCGGACGUGUUGGGACAUUUGAUCUGGUAGCUGGUUCUGUGUAUAACCUGAGCAAUUUUUUCGGAUCCAGAAGCAAAGAUCAGUAUCGGGUUGCUGAUCAUGUCGCCACCGUAUCAUUUUCUUGGAAUACUUCUUUGGCUGUGGUUGAGAACCCUCCGGUUUUGAUUCCCGACGAUAGGUUCAGGUUCCACAACUAUGAGGAGUUUAAGGCCAAUUGCAACUCGAGGGGUGAUCUUUAUGAUUACGUUGGCCACAUGAAUCUGGUGAAUGGGCAGACUAUCACGGACCAUAUGAUUCUUGACGAAGUUGAUAUAGCAGAGAAGCGGCAUUUAUGUGUUCAUGUUCAGACACAUGACGGACCGGUGAUGAAGCUUUAUCUGUGGGACAAGGCUGCAGCCGAUUUAUGCCAGAAAUUCAAGUCGUAUGGAAACACCCCAAGCGUUCUUUUGGUCACCAUUGUGAACCCUAAACACCUUGGAGGCACCCUUGAUCUCACUUCUUUGUCAUCGUCUCGGGUGUUUAUGGAUGCUGAUGUUCAGCCUACUAGAGAUUAUCUUGAAUGGCAGACAGAUAUGUUGAAUUCCAACUCUGAUAUUGCUAAUAGGAUUGCAGAUGAAGUAGUUACUAAGCCUGAGUUAGUGACUCUUGAAGAGCUAUUCUCUUACAUCAAGCAAGACUCUUCUAAGGUUGCUUGGUUUGAGUGCAUGGAGACUAUAGAUGAUGUUGUCCAGGGUUCUGCAUGGUAUUUCAUCUCCUGCGGUGGAUGUAAUAGCAAGGCGGUCAAAGGGCCUACUUCUUUGAUUUGCAACAACAAGAAGUGCGUGAAGACUGAAGUCACAGGCGUACCUCAGUACCUCACGAGGAUAUCUGUGUAUGAUAAGACUGAGCAAGCAGUUUUUGUCAUUCUUGGUGAUGCUGGCAAGGAGCUGACUGGUAAACAUGCGUCAGAGUUGGUUGCUAAUUACUUUGAGGCUAAUGAUGGAGUAGGAGCUGAUCACUGCGUGCCUGUUCCGCAAGCUUUACUUGAUACAAUAGGGCAGACACGCAAGUUUAUUGUGAAGGUCUCGGAUCAUAAUCUGACUGGCAAGACUCAGACCAUAACCGUCACCAAGAUACUCCCACCAGAAGCCCCACUGCGGUCGACUGUAGGUGUUGGGUCUGGUUCUUCAGGAAGCUCUGGAGAUACUGCAGGUGAUAAGGCUAGAAAAGCCGCUGAGAUCCUUGAGGCAGAUGAAGCAAAACGUCCCAAGAGUGGCUAA